AUGAAAAAUCCGGUGGCUUCUACCAGUUCAGACGAUUUUCAGUCAAGCCCAAACAAACCGGAAAAAACUCGUUCACAUCGUAAACAGGAGAAGCAGAUACGAGUUCUGAGCGAUGAAGACCCUGAUUUCGAGUGUCAAAGCCAACCAGACGAUUCCGGAAGCGAAGAAAAUUUGGAAGAAGACGACUUCUCUGUUGAAAUGCCGACGAAAAAAAGGAAAAAAUUGACCAAAAAAGAAGGAGCCAAAGUCAACGUUUUGAAGAAGAAAAAAUUGGACAAAAAUGCUGUCACAGAGCACAAUCAAGAUUCACACAAAGGAAUAACAUAUAAGGAAUGGCAAUUGCUCAUCCCGCACCCCAGGGACAUAAAUGUCAAGGUCCAAAACAGCAACGAUAACAGCAAAGAUCGAUCCACGAUUAACGAUAUCAAGAGGACUCUUACGACUGCACAAUUGGAAGCAUUCAGGAGAACACCAUUUGGGAAGUUCCUUGAUCUCCCUCACUGCAUAGUACAAAACCAACUCAUCAAUCACAUUCUCUUACGCGAGGUUCAUCAGAAUAGGAGCGAUGAGGUUUGGUUCGAUUUUGGAGGGAAGUUACUUCGUUUCGGGAUAGAGGAAUUUGCUGUUAUAACCGGACUGAAAUGCAUUGGCAAAACUAAAAAGCUGAACAUUCCAAAGAUCUCUGGAGGUUUACACGACAAGUUUCUGGAUGGUGUAGAAUUGAGCCGCAACCACAUCAGGUGGCAAUUUCUCAAGAAAGCAUGGUCCUGUGAUGAGGAUGCGGUGAAAUUUGCCAAGCUACACCUACUGGCAAAUUUCCUGAUGGGCUCACAAGAAGCCCUUCGCAUUGACCGCUGCUAUGUUGACCUGAUCGACAGUCCAGAAUGCGACGACCAUGCUUGGGGCAAAGAAGUUUUUGAUUUCACUCUUUACUAUCUCAAGAAGUCAAUUCAUAGUAGAGAGCAAAUGCACAUUUACGAGAAGCCCGAGGGUUCUGGAUAUCUUUACAGGUGUUAUGGCCUUAUCUUGGCUCUCCAGACGUGGUUCUACGAGGUGUGUGACACUGCUGAAGGUGUAAUAUGCACCUCCGUUGGUGACCGUGAUAUACCAAGGUUAUUGAAAUGGGAAGUACGUGAAAGUUACAACCGCCUUUUUUUGCAGAGGACCUUCUUAAAUCUCCCCCUGUCCAAGUUUAAAAACAUCGUUCCUACCGAGGAGGAGAAGCUUACGCUUUCGUUGGACUCAUUUUUCAAAAAAAAAAUGAAUUCACUCGGAAUGAUAUUCCAUCAACACCCACUACUCAGCAUACCAACGACAUUGACGUUAUAUCACGUCUCGACUCAAUCAGUGCUGAACUCGAGACCUUGA